AAUUAAACCAACCUUUUAUUUGAUUAUAGUAACAAAUCACCAUCACUAUCACUAAAUAAGGAAGUUACGAUCAGCUGUUGAUUGAAAAAGAGAAAGAUGCAAUCUUCCUUAGCAGAAGGAAGAGAAAAGAUUAGUAGAAAAAUAGAGCAUACGAAAGGGUACUGAAUUUGUAAGAUCUGAAUUAUAUGGAGUGCAGAUUACCCGAAUCAGUCGUUUUUCUUCAAGACAGCAAUCAUAAAGAUUUCAGGGACAUCUGUAUGGAUGGGGAAGAAUGUUCUAUGGAAAAUUGUGAGCUGAACCACGAUAAUAUUUAUUGCAUGCUUAAGUAUGAGCUGGAUCAUAAUGCAGAAUUAGAGAACAGAGUGUUGCAUGUUUCUGAAUCCAAGCCUGAAUCGUACGAGGGAACUGUUAAGCACUUUGACGACUCUAAGAAGCUGUUGAUGAAAGGUAAAGCUGAUACUGGUGCUGAAGUUGAGAUUGCUGGUGCCAUUUCUAUUAGCCAUACUUUGCCAAAAGACCAGAGUUUGGAUGGAGAGCUGUUUGAUAAUAAAUAUAAUCAGGAUCAAGAGAUGAACAAGGAAGCAUGUAGUGACAAAAGCAAUAUACCAGAUUCAACUUUUAGAGAAGGAUCAAAACCAAAUUCAAAGGAGAAAAAAGGCUCCAGCAUUGAAGAUGGAACGCCAAUGAGAAGUUUAGCGUCAUUGUUUGCAAGUCAGAAUACUGAAAAGCUUCCAGAUUUUGAAGACUCGACUGUUUUAGUGGUCUCAGCAUCGAAGCAAUGCAAUGAUAACAUCUCUGUUCGUUCGAGUAGCACCAACAGCACAAAAUCUUUUGCAUUUCCUGUAUUAACCUCAGAGUGGACCGGCAGCCCUGCAAAGAUGGUGGAAGCAGGUAAAAGAGAUUUUAAAAAGCGAAGCUGUUGCUGGAGAAUGUGCUUUUGACUUCUGCAGAUUUGAUUUUUACUGAGUUAUAGCUGCUUCUGCAACUUGUCUUCAUAUCACUCUUUCUGGUGUAUCGACCAUAGAUAGACAUUAUUGA